CCAUGAACUGUGUUCUUCCGGGUACAGUAACUUGAGAUUUAUCUAGCAAUAAGAAGAAAUACAGUACACUGCCUGCAGUUCAAUAUCAACAGUAACUAUAAAUAAACACAAGAAUUGUUAUAAUACCUGCUGCUACUUCUUAGCCGUGACAGGUUUCAUGGAUAAAGGAAGAAUGCACUGUGGUUGAUGUCUUGCUGGAGUGGAAGAAAGAGACUUCAGGCAAUCGUCAGUAAGACAGAUUCUGAGGCAUGGAGGUUACCCAUGACCACACUAAUCAAGAGACAGAUGUGGAGGGGUCAUGUUACGUCAGAUCAGCCGGACCAGAAGACAUGCAAGCCAGGACUCCAUUGCUACGUGCAGACCAGAUGAGAUCCUACAUAAAGUCUGAACCUCAAUCACCAGAGCAAGAGGGAAGUGUAGCACCUGAAUCACUCAACGGUCCGAACCCCUCCACACCUCCUACAGACUGUAUCCGACCCACAACCCUCAAACAGGAGGCAGCCCCAAUCAAAGAGGAGCCAAAUGAUUCCGAAGUGCGUGCAGUACAAAUUAAAGAAGAACCGGCUGCGUGCGAGACCCUCCGUUUCGGCGCGGGACCCAGCGGCAUCCGCGUCGCGCAAAAAGCACUUGUCUGCAGAUCGGCACACGUCAAACAGGAGACUUCCGAUCCGGUUGAUCUGAAACCCCAACUGGAAUCUGUCUGCACGGGCAGAGAAACUCUCCAAAUUAAAGCUGAACCGGUCUCGGAUUCGGAGCAAAAUGAAGAGGCCAGUGAAGAACAGAACACUUGUUUGGUCAAAAGUGAAGAAAACGGGCACCAUCUAGACCCGGCUCAGAAGGAUCCAGAGACAUUGGCCAGUGAGGACUUCCGCACAGAGACGGCAUCUAGUUCUGAGUUCUUCCCUUGUUCUCACUGCACAAUUUCCUUCACCGACGCGUCUUACCUGGAGAAACAUCUCAAGUGGACCCACCAAGAGCAGUACCUGGUGUUGCUCCAGAGCCGCAGGGCCUCCAAGGGCAAAAAGGGCCGCAGUGCCCUGAAAUCAGUCGGCUGCCCCCACUGCAGGAACCACUACCCCUCCCAGCGCCUCCUGGCCGGACACCUGCGUCAGGCGCACCCCAGCCCCGCCCCCAAAAAGCCGCACCCCUGCCCGCAGUGCCCCCGCGGCUUCCACUACCUGGCCAGCCUGCAGAAGCACUGCAAGCACUGGCACAAGCUGGACACCGUCUGCGCAGACGGGCGCCUGAGCUGCGCCGACUGCGGCGAGCGCCUGGGCGAGCGGGACGCCCUCCGCCCGCACCUGUGCAGCGACGCCGCUGGGGGGACGCCGGCGGAGGGGCCCGCGGGCCCCGGCGGCGGGGGCCUGCAGUGCGCCGCCUGCGGCAAGAGCUACAGCAGCACGCAGAACCUGCGCAUACACAUGCGCACGCACACGGGCGAGAGGCCCUUCCCCUGCGCCGACUGCGGCAAGCGCUUCGCCGACAGCGGGAGCCUGCGCAAGCACACGCGCAUACACUCGGGCGUCAAGCCCUUCGAGUGCCCGGACUGCGGGAAGACCUUCGGCAGGAUACACCACCUCACGUCCCACCAGCGCACCCACUCCGGGGAGAAGCCCUACCCCUGCCCCGACUGCGGCCGGCGGUUCAGCCACACGGGGGAGCUGAAGAUCCACCGGCGCUCGCACUCCGGGGAGAAGCCGUACCACUGCGCCGACUGCGGCAAGGACUUCAUGGUGAUCAGCAACCUGAAGGCCCACCAGAGGGUGCACAGCGGCGAGAAGGGCCACCAGUGCGGCGAGUGCGGGCGGAGGUUCGGGGAGGCGGGGGUGCUGAAGAAGCACCUGCGCACGCACACGGGCGAGCGGCCGUACCACUGCACCGCCUGCGGCAAGCAGUUCAACCGCGUGCACCACCUGAAGACCCACCAGCGCACGCACACGGGCGAGAAGCCCUACGCCUGCGCCGAGUGCGGCAAGAGCUUCAGCCAGUCGGGCGACCUGACCAAGCACAAGCGCACGCACACGGGCGAGAAGCCCUUCCCCUGCCCCGACUGCGAGCGCAGCUACAACAACUCGGGCGACCUGCGCAAGCACAGCCGCAGCCACACCGGCGCCCGGCCCUACUGCUGCAAGGAGUGCGGCAAGAGCUUCCGCAUGAUCCACCACCUGAAGACCCACACCCGCAUCCACACCGGGGAGAGGCCUUACCCCUGCCCGCACUGCCCCCUCGCCUUCGCCCGGCCUCACCACCUCACCUCACACCUCAAGGUCCACUGAGAGCGGCCUGGGCGGGAACUUAUUAAGAGUGAGGCGGAAACAGGGUAUGGGGAGCAGGGGGGAGGGGGGUGGGGGAAAGUGUAACAUGGUACUGUACAUUGCCGUACUAUCAACUAUCAAAAUGAACUACUAGCGUGCAAUAGCGGCUAUCUGGGAUAGUAGGUAAGGAACAGGGCUUGUAACCAAAAGGUUGUGUAAUCGACGGCUGUUCUUAACCUCGAGCAGCGCUCUUAAUCCGAAUCGCUUGGAUGAAUAUCGAGGGAAAUCGUCUGUGUGAGAUGAGGAAGUCGCCCCUUGUCGAGGCGUCCGCUGCGAGCAAUUCCACGUCCUUCACGUUUGGACGAGACGUCCGCUCAGUUUGGUCCGCCUCUCAUUAGAAGUCAACGAAUGUUAGCCGAGCAAUUUGAAUGAACGGAAUGGUAUUUAUUUCAACGUGAGCUGUAUUAUUUUGACCCGAUUGUUUUGAUGAAUAUGUGUGAUCGUCUUUCUUUUUCCAGUGAUUGUUUUUAUGCAGGGUGCACUGUGUAAUGAAAGUGCAGGACUGACAGAAGUAUUGGAUUUUUGUUAAGGGGUUGAAAAUUAAAUCACUUAAUAUAAAACAAUUCACACCUUUGUGGACUUGUUUGGUGACCAAGUAAACUGUUGUAUUUACAUAUGCCCAACAUGUAAGUAUUGAAUUGGAUCUAGGCUAAUGUAUUUUGUCAACACUGCAAAGUAUAAAAUAAUAAUAAUAAAUUAAAAAGUGUCAAUUAAUAAAUAUGUAAAAGUACU